AUGAAGGCGGGAGCUCCCCCGGGCGGCGCUGAGGAGGCGGACGGCGUGCAGGAGCUGGGAUUUGGCGAUGGUCUUCCUCCGGCGGGGACUAGCGCUCCGAGGCGCAGUGCCCGACUCGCAGGCAGGGCGCCGGCGGCGGCAUCGGGAGAGCCGAAAGGAGCGAGAAUGGCUUCUCCAGAGGGGAGCAGGAAGAAGAGGAAGGUGGCUGGGGAUGCUGCCGUUCCAACCUCUGGAGCUGAAGAAGAGGGGGCCGUCGGCUCGGAGCUUAAUCUUCCUCUAAUGGCGUCCCCUUCUGGAAGUGGGUGGGGGAACACGGUGCGAGGGAGGCUGGAGGAUCUGGUUGUGCUUUCUGAGUCCGGCUCUGUAGAGAAGAUGCAGAACCGGGAUCCGGCAUCAUCUCCCAGGUCUAUUCGGAGAAGAGUGGAGGUGGUUGAUAUUGAGAGUGAUGCACCAGAGGAAGAGGUGGACACGUCGGUUCCUGGUCGAGGAAGGUACAGCAGCAUAGAGAAAGGGAAGGGGAUAUUUGUGGCUGAUUAUGAUGGCCCUUUGGUGGAGAAGGGAGGCUUCGUUCCGUUCCUCGACCGCACCAAUCCAGGAUCGAAGGGUUUGGAAAGGACGCAGCAGGGAAGGAGGUAUACGGAAGAGCAGAAGGGGAAACGCAAGCUGGUCACUGAAGACGACGCCGGGCUUACAUUGGGCGGUCGUGAGGCCAACAUGGAACUCAGAUGUGAGGGGAUGGCGGAUUACUACGAACAGGAGACGAUCAAAGAAGAAGCGAUGUCGGCCAAGAAUAUUAGGGAAUCGAACAAGUUGAGAGCUGUUGAGCUAGCGUCUGAGUAUGCCUUCUUCAAGCCCGAGCAGGAAGAGGAAAGCGAACAUAGCGAUAUCCAAGACUCGUCGAAAGAGGACCCUGCAGACUGGCCUGGACCAUUCGCCACCGCCAUGAAGAUCAUUAAUGACCGAGAGAAACGGUUGCAGGGCCGGCGACUGAGCUCAGCUCCUGCGCCAUCCGAGUCUUCAGAGCUGAAGAUCGAAUGGGUGCCUUCUCCGGGCCAUAGACUUAGAUGCUUGGAGCGGCAGGCCCCUUCCUUGAAAGACUUAUGCCUAGGGACUUUAUCUGAGCAUGCCACCGAUAUCGAAUCACUCGAAGGAGUCCCUGAUAAUCUGAGGCACCAGUUGAGUUGGCAUUUAUGCAACUCCCGAAAGAUGGAUCAACACAUGCUUGAUCUUUUUGUGAGGGGGUCUCCCACUGAGAUAAGAAUGCCGGAUUGCUCGUGGGCAACAGAAGAUCAACUUGAAAAAAUCUUGGGCAGGGCCAGAACCCACCGAUUGACUGUAUGAAUCUGCUUGUUCUGGGUUUCCCUUCAGUUUUCUCAAUCGCCUCCGUCUUUUUGCAAUGGUCUGUAGAAUAUUGAGAAAUAAGCAUGAUCUAAGAUUUUUGGGUGCACUCCUUGUUUUAUUGUCUUAAAAUCGAAUGGGGCAGAGGUUGACUUUAGUUUCAUUAAUUCAUCAAGAAACUCGAAUUGGUAGGAUCCUGUUGAUGUUUAGUGAUAAAGAUGCAAAACUGUUGGUGCAUUUUUCUUACUACGCUAAUUCCUCUGAGCUGAUUCUUUUUUGGGGCGGUCAAGAUUUUCUAAUGUUCUUCAGGACUCUCCGCUGAUCGCAAAGUGGGUUCUUCUCACUUAUUCGAAUUACCAUUUCUAAAUCGGGUAUUUGUGCUCAAAAUGUUCAGGUUCUAGAGCUCAACAUGUGUGGGCGCUGCCUGUCCGAUGGCACAUUGUCCUCCUCAGGGAAGCUACCUCCCAGAUUCCCAUCGUUGACCACAAUAUCCCUCAAAGGCGCGUAUCGUCUUUCUGAUGAUGGACUGAAGGCGCUUGCUUCUUCGGCCCCGCAGCUGAGCUCCAUAAACCUGGGCCAGUGUUCCCUCGUCACCUCUGCCGGAGUCGUUUCUCUGCUGGAGCAGCUGAAACAGUCACUGGUCGAGUUGUUCUUGGAUGAUUGCCGCAUAGAUGCCACUUCAGUUCUUCCCGCCUUGCAGAGCUUAAGGAAACUCGAGGUCCUCUCUGUGGCGGGCGUGGAGAGCGUCACAGAUAAAUUCGUUCAUGGUCUGGUCUCUGUCCAUGGGCCUCACAUGAAGGAGCUUGGCUUCGCUGGAUGCAGGUGAGUAUCACCCAAUUUCUCUCAUCUACUGCCCAUCCCCCCUUGCCAAAAAAAGAAUAAAAAAAAGUCAGCCCAUUUUCUUUUUUGGUAUGUUCAUGGAGUUCAAAGUCAAUUAUUUCAUACUCAGUAACAGGUAUAAUAUGGAUUCAUCACACCUGCCCCAACCGGAGAUUCUGAAGAAAAUAGAGAAUUAAUGUGUUUCUAUAAAUCAUAUAUUUAUCUCAAAAAAAGAAAUAAAAAAAAAUGAAGAAGAAUCGGAGAAGAAUCCGGGGUUCUGCUGUCUCAUCACUCGCCGUCCUUGUCAAUGUAGGGGAGUGGCCGCACCUUCGCUGAGGGAGAUCGGGAAGAGCUGCCCGCAGCUGCGCUCUCUGGACCUCCGUGACUUGGGAAAACUGAACGAUCGCGCUCUGGCGCACCUCGCCGGUGGAUGCACUUCGCUCUGGAGGCUUCUUCUCCGUCGCAACGCUUUCAGGUUGGCCUCGUUGACCUGAACUCAUUCAUUCUUCGUAUCUACGAUUAUUCUCUCGUAUUUUUUUCGUAUUUACACAUAUACGUGCUCGUAUGUAAACGUUUACAUGCAUGCAUCUACGUAUUUCCCGUUCUGAUCGUUGACCUUUUGUAUUUUUUAGCACUUAUAUACGUGUAUCUGGGCAUAUGUGUACGUGUAUUCAUGCAUUCAUGCAUCUGCGUAUUUCCCGUUCUCAUUUCGUUGACCUUGUGUAUUUUUUAUCACUUAUAUGUGCGCAUAUUUGUACGUGCAUGCAUGCAUCUGCGUAUUUCGCGUUCUGAGUUGGUUGACCUUCUUUUCACGUUGACAUCUUACUACGGGGGUUGAUGACAGCGACAAGGCAGUCGCCGCGCUCUUGCAGGCGGCUGGAGGCUCGUUGGCGGAGCUGUCAGUCAACAACAUCAGAGAGGUCAGCUCUGCCGUUUAUUCUUUAUUUAUCACUGCUUAUUUUUAUUUUUUAUAUUUACGGAAUAUUUGAUAUUUUGGGUCGGAAGGUUCGGGAGUUUCUGCUUCUUUUCAUCGGCCUCCGUUGACUGGGGACCAUUUUUAUGGUCAUUUAUGGAUUUCAGGCCUCCAAUUUCACGGCGCAGGCCAUCGCCGCGCAGUGCGCCUCGACUCUGCGGGUCCUGGACCUCUCCUUCUGCCGCAAGAUGACCAACGAGGGCCUCGGAUUGAUCGCCGACAGCUGCUCCCAUCUGCACACCCUGAAACUAUUCGGAUGUCCCCUGGUAAAAACACCCUCUCUCUCUCUCUCUCUCUCUCUCUCUCUCUCUCUCUCUCUCUCUCUCUCUCUCUCUCUCUCUCUCUAUCUAUCUAUCUAUCUCUUCUAUCUCUCUGUCUCUCUCUCUACCUCUCUGUGUGUCAUUCUAUCUAUCCCUCGCUAUUUAUCUCUUCUGAAUGGACAAAUCGUAAAAUAAAGAUGUGAUUUUAUUUAUUUUUAUUUGGUUCCUGAAAUCUGGGCAGAUCACGCCAACUUUUCUAGGAGGGGAUUCCAACGGCAGGCUCCAGGUCGUGGGCUUGGAGGGGCCCAUACUGCGGCAUCUGCGCUUCCACGAGGCCUCCUCAUGA